AAAAAAACCGAAACCUGCGGAAUCUCUGCAAACCUGCUCACUGGCCCUUGCCUGACAAUUCCUUCCAGACCCAGAGACCUGUGCCGGGGAUCCUAGGCUGAUGGGUGCCCAGCUCUGCUCCGAGCCCACUGAAGCUGCGCUUUCUCUAGAAACAGAAGACAGCUGUUACCCGCACUGAGGAUGCCAUGGAGCCCCGAGAGGCCCUUCGCUUCCACGACAAGGCCAAGGGCGCGCAGGUGCGUCUGGACGCGCAGGGCUGCAGGGCGAGCAGGUGCGCCACGUUCCACGAUGGCAUCGUGUUCAGCCAGCGGCCGGUGCGGCCCAGCGAGCGGGUGGUGCUGCGCGUGCUGCAGCACGAGGACCGCUGGUGCGGCGGCCUGCGCGUGGGCUUUACGCGUCUGGACCCUGAGCGCCUCUCCGCAGCCAGCCUGCCGCCCUUUGUGUGCCCCGACCUGGUGGAGCAGAGCCCCACGUGGGCAGCCGUGCUGCCCGAAGGCAGCGCGCUUGCGGGGGACUUGGUCCGCUUCUGGGUGGACCCACGAGGGCGGCUCUUCGCCAAGACCAAUGAGGGCCCAGGGUUCCUGCUGCGCAAGGACGUGCUCAUGGGCGCCCCCCUCUGGGCCGUGAUGGACGUGUACGGGACCACCAAGGCCAUCGAGCUGCUGGAUCCUACAGCCGGCUGGUGCCCCGCAGCCAAGCCAGAGGCCCCCUGGGAGGAGGCGCUGCCUGAGCAUGAAGAUGCAACAGCGGAGGAGUGUGCCAUCUGCUUCCACCAUGCUGCCAACACCUGCCUAGUCCCCUGCGGCCACACGCACUUCUGCAGCCACUGUGCCUGGAGAGUCUUCAGGGACACGGCCAAGUGCCCUGUGUGUCGCUGGCACAUCAGGGAGGUGGUCCCGGCAAGGGCCCUUCCUGCCCCAGGGACAGGAUAGGCUCAUGAGAGAGAAGAUGGCUUCCUGGAGAGCACAGCUGAUGGGGCCUGGCUCUGAGCAGAGGGGCGAGGUGGGGCCUGCCCUCUUUUUGGAAAAGGGUUGCGCUGGUCAGCAAUGGGCAGAAGAGAGAGGAAUGAGGGGGUGUGGCUGCUCCCCCGCAGGGCGGGGGCUGGGGCCUGUGCAGCAAGGAGUGACCCCAUGGCAGCACUAACCCCAUGGGCAGGCCCUGUCCAGGCAGGGCACAGCCUAACCCCUCGCCUGGCAGCUGUGCAGGGUCUGCUGGGGGCACUGCACCCCAGGAGGCGUCCAGCCUUGCGAUUUGCAAUCUUGCAGGGAAGCCAGGCCCCCUCCCACGAUGGCUGGUGCAGUGGCUCUGUCCUGGCCCGCCCAGCCUCCUGCUUGGGGCAGUCUCACCCCUGAAGCUGAGUCAGUGUGGAGCGCAAUGCCGUCAUCACAGGUGUUUCCUUGCCUGCUUCCAAGAUGUGAAAAUAAAGUUUCAGGCCAGCGCUGCGGCGCAGCGGGCUAAGCCUCCUCCUGUGGCGCCCACAUCCCAUAUGGACACCAGUUCCUGUCCUGGCUGCUCCACUUCCGAUUCAGCUCUCUGCUGUGGUCUGGAAAAGCAGAAGAUGGCCGAAGUGCUUGGGCCCUUGCACCCGUGUGGGAGACCCAGAGGACGCUCCUGGCUCCUGGCUUCGGAUUGGCUCAGCUCCAGCCGUUGAGACCAUCUGGGUAGUGAACCAGUGGAUGGAAAAUCUCUUUCUCUCUCGUCUCUCUUUCUCUCUUUCUGUAACUCUGCCUCUCAAAUAAAUAAUAAGUAAAUCUUUAAUUUUUUUUUUAAAAAAGGAAACAAGUCCGUAGUGGACUUUAAAAAGCUCUGUACAUUCCUGGUUUAGUUGAUCUGACAGCUGUGCUGCUGCCCAGGAAAGACCCGCGAGGACCCCAGCCCCCCGCUGCUGGCCCCUCCUGAGGCCCUUUGCAAGCAGGACAUGAAGAUUAAGGCGGUUAAACUACCUGCCGGUUACAGGAGAGUCUCAGCCAGGCACAGAGAUCCCGGCAAAGGGCGGGAAUUAUUAUUAUGUUUUUCUUAUUUGAGAGGCAGAGUUACAUAGAGGGGGAGAGGUCUUCCAUCCACUGGUUCAUUCCUCAAAUGGCCACAAUGGCUGGAGCUGGGCUGAUCCAAAGCCGGGAGCCAGGAGUCCCAGCUGCUCCACUUCUGCUCCAGCUCCCUGUUUGCAACUGGGAAAGCAGCGGAUGACGGCCCAAGUGCCUGGGCCCCUGCCACCCGUAUUGGAGACCAGGAUGGAGCUCCUGGCUCCUGGCUUCAGCCUGGCCCAGACCUGACUGUUGUGGCCAUUUGGGGAGUGAACCAAUAUGUGGAAGACCUCUGUCUGUGCAUCUCUCCCUCCUUCUGUCACUCUUCCUUUUAAAUAAAUCUUUCCAAGAAAAAAGAGGAUUCCUGAAAUAAAAAAUGCACUGGCAGUGCUCGACAGCAGAUCCCAGCUGGCAGAAGCGUCAGUGAACUUGAAGGCUGGUUGAUGGUUGAUGGUGAUCAAAUCUGAAGAAAGAGAAAACAAGAACAAAGGCUGGGCCGGCACUGUGGUGCCUGGGAAAGCAGUGGAGGAUGGCCCAAGUCCUUGUCCCCUGCACCCGUGUGGGAGACUGGGAGGAAGCACCUGGCUCCUGGCUUCGGAUCAGCGCAGCUCCAGCCGUUUCGGCCAUUGGGGAGUGAACCAGCGAUGGAAGACCUUUCUUUCUAUCUCUCCCUCUCACUGUAUGUAACUCUACUUCUCAAAUAAAAUAAAUAAAAAAUCUUUAAUAAAAAAAAAAGAACAAAAGCUGAGAGCUGUGGGAGCCACCAAGGGCAGCAGCGUACAUGGAGCGGGAAUACCACGAGAAGAGGCAGAGAGAAGGAGUAGGGAAAAAAUUCAAGAGUCCAGGAAGUUCCAAAAUUUAAUGAAAAAUAUGAAUCCACAGCUCCAAGAAGCUCAACAAACUUAGAAUAGGAUAAACAGAAAAAAGCAUUAAAUGAACAUUUGUAAAAUGAAAUCUACAUAGAUAAAAAUAUGAAAAAAUACUAAAAGCAAAAAAAUUAUGGGGCCAGCGCCGUGGCGCAGUAGGUUAAUCACUUUGCCUGCAGCUCUGGCAACCCAUAUGGGUGCCAGUUCUAGUCCUGGCUGCCCCUCUUCCAGUCCAGCUCUCUGCUGUGGCCUGGGAAAGCAGUAGAAGAUGGCCCGGGUGUUUGGGCCCCUGCACCUGCUUGGGAGACCAGGAGGAAGCUCCUGGCUCC